AUGGAUGCCAUCAACCAGGUGCCGACAGAUGCUGCGCUCCCCAAACAUAUCCUGGAUAUCUGGGUGAUUGUCCUCAUCAUCCUGGCCACCAUUGUCAUCAUGACAUCUUUGUUGCUGUGCCCGGCCACUGCCGUUAUCAUCUAUCGCAUGCGGACUCAUCCUGUCCUCAAUGGAGCAGUCUGA